GUGUGUAGUGUUUGUGUAUAGUGUGUAUGUAAUUGCCGCUCUUUCUCAGGUUCUUCUGCUCAGAUGUUCUGUGCUGACGGUGUUUCUGGGAGCUGGAAGAAUCCUCAGCAGCUGAAGAUGUUCAACAACUGUCCUAUCCUGCUGUGUUCCUCGAGCCACAGCUCUCCUGCUCUCCUUGUCAGCAGUUCCAACAAUGCAGAGACGCAAAGAAGACGCAGUAACAGUGAGGGGUGUGGUCCUGACCUAACUGUAAGGAAAUCCUGGUCUGUGAUUGGAGAAUCUACAUCCUGCUCACUAAUCCCGAGUUCAGAUCCCGGGCCGCUGGAUUACAGCGCAGAGUCCUGGAGCUCCUCAGUUGAUCCUCAGUUUCUCGCCUCUCUGGAUCGACGAGCCGUUAGGAGACAGGAAGUGAUCUACGAGCUGAUGCAGACGGAGUUCCACCACCUGCAGACGCUGAGGGUGAUGGCUGACGUGCUGAGGCGGGGCUUACAGGAGGAGGUGCAGCUGGAGGAGGAUGUGAUUGGUCAGAUUUUUCCCAGUCUUGAUGACCUCGUCACUCUGCACAGUAACUUUCUCGCUGCCAUGGAAACAAGGAGGUGGGGCACCAGAGUUGCAGGAAACCACUGGAACUACAAAAAUCAGAAGAACUACAUCGUCCAGCGCAUAGGGGACGUCCUUCUGCAGCAGUUCGGUGGUGCAGUAGGGGAGCAGGUGAUGGAGCUGUAUGGGGAUUUCUGCAGUAAACACUCAGAAGCUCUGAGAGUUUAUAAACACCUUCAACAGAACAACCGCAAACUGCAGCUGUUCAUCAGACAGCAAAGCAGCAACUCCCUAAUUAAACGCAGAGAAAUCCCAGAAUUCCUGCUGCUGGUCACUCAGAGGAUCACUAAAUAUCCCGUCCUGCUGGAGAGACUUCUGCAGCACACUGACGGGGGCGGUGUGGAGCAGGGGGACACGGCGGCAGCGCUGGAGGCUCUGAGGGUGGUGUUGGGGGGGGUGGAGCGCCGGGUGAGCGACGCCCAACACGCCCAGAAACUCCACGACAUCCUCACACGCCUCGACCCCAAGAGCUUCACCCGACUGAAGAGCGGCGAGAUCUAUACCAAACACUCCCUCACACACACCUCACACUCCCUCACACACUCUGCCACGCUUACCUGCAGAACCACCUCUGGCCGGCUCAGAGAUGUUCUCGCCCUGCUGUUUACAGAUGUUCUGGUUUUCCUUCAGGAAAAAGAACAGAAGCUGACAUUCGCUGCUUUGGAGCAGAAGCCUGCAGUGGUUCCCUUAAAGGGUUUGAUUUGGAGGGAAAUAGCCAAUCAGGAGCGAGGAUUAUUCCUGAUCAGCAGUGAUUGGUCUGCUGGUCCUGAAAUGUAUGAGAUUCACACUCACUCCCGCGAAGAGCGCAACACCUGGAUCACCCUACUGCAGCACUCCACACACAGGUUGAUGGAUGGUGUUGAUGAGCUGAAGAGUAAUGAGGAGAAGAAAGCAAAGAAAAUACAGAAACUACAAGAGGCGGUGUGGUCUCUGGAUCUGCAGGUGUGUGCGGCGCUGGAGGAGAAGCUGUUUUUCUGCACUACUGGACUCAGUUUAACCCCGUCUCACCUGCUGCUGCACCACGACUCACUUCCCACACUACCCAACACACUCCACACACUACCCAACUCACCACAGGGGUUCACACUGCUGCAGGACGCCCAGAGACAUGUGGUGGGUCUGAUGGUCACUCUGGUGCCGUGGGGUUCUCCUGAGUCGGUUCAGGAUGUGGAGGGACUGAGCAUGCCCAGUCUGAACAGGAAGUGUCCAGGGAGGCUGGCGGAGGCUGUUUUAGGGGCUGCUGGGAGGCCAGUCCAGAUUCACCUGCAGGUGAUGGAGAGCAUUCAGCGACUCGUUCAGAUUCUCUACAGUCUACAGGCUGUGGUGAUCAUCCAGGACAGUUUGUUUGAGGUUCAGAAGCUCCUCCUCCUGGAGGAUGAAGCUCUGCCCCCCUGGCCCUUCACUGAUUGGGUGGAUGUAAAGAAGGCGAGUGCAGAUUGGUCAAGGCUGGAGGAGCGGGAGAGAGAGCAGGAAAUGGAGAUGGGGCGGAUACAGAGAGAGGAGGCGGAGCUGGAGGCGGAGCUGCGUGAGUUGGAGGGGCGUGUCCAAACUCUGAGGGAGGAGCAGAGAAGAGUGGAGGAGGAGAGAGAGAGAUUAGCGAAAACACUGAACAAUAACAAUAACAAUAGCAACAAUUAUAACAGCGACUACAUCACUCCGCCCACUACUGACCGGCCAACCGGCAGUGUGUUGAGCGGGUUAGUGUGUUGA